AUGGUCACUGCUAUUGGUCCACGAGAGGUCCCUGCUAUUGGUCCACGUGAGGCCGCUGCUAUUGGUCCACGAGAGGCCCCUGCUAUUGGUCCACGAGAGGCCCCUGCUAUUGGUCCACGAGAGGCCCCUGCUAUUGGUCCACGUGAGGCCCCUGCUAUUGGUCCACGAGAGGCCCCUGCUAUUGGUCCACGUGAGGCCGCUGCUAUUGGUCCACGUGAGGCCCCUGCUAUUGGUCCACGAGAGGCCCCUGCUAUUGGUCCACGUGAGGCCGCUGCUAUUGGUCCACGAGAGGCCCCUGCUAUUGGUCCACGAGAGGCCCCUGCUAUUGGUCCACGAGAGGUCCCUGCUAUUGGUCCACGUGAGGCCGCUGCUAUUGGUCCACGAGAGGCCCCUGCUAUUGGUCCACGAGAGGCCCCUGCUAUUGGUCCACGAGAGGCCCCUGCUAUUGGUCCACGAGAGGCCCCUGCUAUUGGUCCACGAGAGGCCCCUGCUAUUGGUCCACGAGAGGCCCCUGCUAUUGGUCCACGAGAGGCAACUGCUAUUGGUCCACGAGAGGCCGCUGCUAUUGGUCCACGAGAGGCCGCUGCUAUUGGUCCACGUGAGGCCCCUGCUAUUGGUCCACGAGAGGCCGCUGCUAUUGGUCCACGUGAGGCCCCUGCUAUUGGUCCACGUGAGGCCCCUGCUAUUGGUCCACGUGAGGCCCCUGCUAUUGGUCCACGAGAGGCCCCUGCUAUUGGUCCACGAGAGGCCCCUGCUAUUGGUCCACGAGAGGCCCCUGCUAUUGGUCCACGAGAGGCCCCUGCUAUUGGUCCACGAGAGGCCCCUGCUAUUGGUCCACGAGAGGCAACUGCUAUUGGUCCACGAGAGGCCGCUGCUAUUGGUCCACGAGAGGCCGCUGCUAUUGGUCCACGUGAGGCCCCUGCUAUUGGUCCACGAGAGGCCGCUGCUAUUGGUCCACGAGAGGCCCCUGCUAUUGGUCCACGUGAGGCCCCUGCUAUUGGUCCACGAGAGGCCGCUGCUAUUGGUCCACGAGACGCAACUGCUAUUGGUCCACGAGAGACCGCUGCUAUUGGUCCACGAGAGGCCCCUGCUAUUGGUCCACGAGAGGCAACUGCUAUUGGUCCACGAGAGGCCGCUGCUAUUGGUCCACGAGAGGCUGCUGCUAUUGGUCCACGUGAGGCCCCUGCUAUUGGUCCACGUGAGGCCCCUGCUAUUGGUCCACGUGAGGCCGCUGCUAUUGGUCCACGUGAGGCCCCUGCUAUUGGUCCACGUGAGGCCCCUGCUAUUGGUCCACGUGAGGCCCCUGCUAUUGGUCCACGUGAGGCCCCUGCUAUUGGUCCACGAGAGGCCCCUGCUAUUGGUCCACGAGAGGCAACUGCUAUUGGUCCACGAGAGGCCGCUGCUAUUGGUCCACGAGAGGCCGCUGCUAUUGGUCCACGUGAGGCCCCUGCUAUUGGUCCACGAGAGGCCGCUGCUAUUGGUCCACGAGACGCAACUGCUAUUGGUCCACGUGAGGCCCCUGCUAUUGGUCCACGUGAGGCCCCUGCUAUUGGUCCACGUGAGGCCGCUGCUAUUGGUCCACGUGAGGCCCCUGCUAUUGGUCCACGUGAGGCCCCUGCUAUUGGUCCACGAGAGGCAACUGCUAUUGGUCCACGAGAGGCCGCUGCUAUUGGUCCACGAGACGCAACUGCUAUUGGUCCACGUGAGGCCCCUGCUAUUGGUCCACGUGAGGCCCCUGCUAUUGGUCCACGUGAGGCCGCUGCUAUUGGUCCACGUGAGGCCCCUGCUAUUGGUCCACGUGAGGCCCCUGCUAUUGGUCCACGUGAGGCCGCUGCUAUUGGUCCACGUGAGGCCCCUGCUAUUGGUCCACGUGAGGCCCCUGCUAUUGGUCCACGUGAGGCCGCUGCUAUUGGUCCACGUGAGGCCCCUGCUAUUGGUCCACGUGAGGCCCCUGCUAUUGGUCCACGUGAGGCCCCUGCUAUUGGUCCACGUGAGGCCGCUGCUAUUAGUCCACGAGAGGCCCCUGCUAUUGGUCCAUCACCAGCACGCCACUAUGGUGGGUGUCACAGGAAUACAAUAAGGAGCCGUGACGUUGUCAGAGAUGAAUCAUGUCACAGAGUAACACACUGA